UCUCAACGACAUCCAGAAAAUCCAGCCAGGUCGAGCCAGUCUUCAGUCCUCCGGAUCCGCAGCGGCUGUCUGACGAAACAGUACUCUUGAAGGACAACCGCUUGCUGCUUAUGCAAACAGGAAGACAGAAAGUCAUACAAGUUUGGAGCCACUUGAGGGUCCAUCAGUGAGUCUCGUGUUCUGCUGGGAAUCCACACAGGACAGUUUUGGAGACGAGCGCCCUCUUGGUCCAGUCUGGUCCAGUGGCUUUAAGAGAGAGCAACAGCAACAGGAAGCAAGCUGGACAGGGGGGAGGCGAGGGAGGACGAGGGCGUCGCCUUUGUCCUGAGACACAGAGUCUGUACAAGCAGCGAUACUGACUCCACCUGCACAUCCACCUCAGACGGUCAGGACACCAUGAGUGCCAGCACAGAUCACAGAUCAUACAGCCCCUCACAGAACGGGUGUCUCUUUUCAAGGAGGGUGGUACACGAAAAGGAGGAGAAAACAACAGAAAAAGAGGAAGAAGAGGACAAGAGCUCUGAUGAAGGACUUCUGCUGCAGGCACACCACGCCAUGGAGAGGAUGGAGGAGUUUGUGCACAAGAUGUGGGAGGGGAGAUGGCGUGUCAUUCCACAUGAUGUCCUCCCUGAUUGGCUGAAGGAUAAUGAUUUCCUUUUGCAUGGGCACAGGCCACCCAUGCCCUCCUUCAGAGCUUGUUUCAAGAGCAUCUUCAGAAUCCAUACAGAAACGGGCAACAUUUGGACACAUCUUCUGGGCUGCCUGUUCUUUCUCUGUCUGGGCAUUGUGUACAUGUUCAGGCCCAAUAUGACAUUUGUGGCCCCGUUCCAGGAGAAGAUUGUUAUAGGCGCGUUCUUCCUGGGGGCCAUUCUCUGCCUGUCCUUCUCCUGGCUCUUUCACACAGUCUACUGCCACUCGGAGGGGGUGUCCCGUGUCUUCUCAAAGUUAGACUAUUCGGGCAUAGCAUUCCUGAUCAUGGGCAGUUUUGUACCCUGGCUGUAUUACUCUUUCUACUGCUCCCCUCAGCCCUGUUUCAUAUACCUAAUAGUGGUGUGUGUCCUGGGGGUCACUGCCAUCAUCGUCUCACAGUGUGAUUUCUUCGCCACACCACAGUACCGUGGAGUCAGGGCUGGUGUGUUUGUGGGUCUUGGCCUUAGUGGAGUCGUCCCCACACUGCACUUUAUGAUCACUGAGGGCUUUCUGAGGGCCACCACCAUGGGACAGAUGGGCUGGCUGUUCCUCAUGGCUGCCCUGUACAUCACCGGAGCCUGCCUGUACGCUGCACGUAUCCCCGAGAGAUUCUUCCCUGGCAAAUGUGACAUUUGGUUCCACUCCCAUCAGCUGUUCCAUAUCCUGGUGGUAGCAGGUGCUUUUGUUCACUUCCAUGGUGUGUCCAACCUGCAGGAGUUUCGUUACACAGCUGGAGGUGGCUGUGCAGAGGAGGGUGGCGCGUGAGCCCCAUAUCCUGCGGUGCUUGAAUUGCACCACUAGAGGGAGACAACGUUCCUCUUACCUUUGCAGCCAACAACUGUUCCUCCUGUCAAUGAGGGGUAAACCUAAAAGGACAGCACUGAACGACAAAGUUACUCCCCUUUAUUAUUUUUCUAAUUUUUUUCUUUCCGUUUCUGGUUUGUUCUCUGUUUUGCCCAUUAAAUAAAAUACACCAUGGGAUAAGGUAAACACAGAUUAAAGGUUGGCGGUUCGUGUUUCCUAAGAUCAUACAUACAAAACGAGGUGAUUUUUUGGUUGGUCUAUUGCUGUUUGAUGAUCUGUUGGUGUUUUUUCUUUGUACAAGAAAAAGAGUUAAACUCAAAAACAAACAACAAAAAUGCAAAUGUGUGAAAGUUUCUUGGGGUGGGCAGUUGGCCAUUUUAAACUUUUUGAUGUAAAUAAGAUUCCUAAAAUUUGGGUUAUAUAGAUUUGUACGAAAAUAAAGUUAUAAAAUGUUUUUAAAAAUACAUCAUUUAUAUCAUUAUAUUGUUUAACAGAGGAAAAAGAGAGAACAUUGUUUUCCAGGGAAAGAGGACGCAUCUUGUCUCGAGUCAGAAAUGGCUAACCAGAUGCCUCAGUGUUCUGUUAUCCUAAGCACAACUGUUAAGAGCUAAAAACACACCUGUAGGCCAGUGGGACGCCCUGCACACGAAUGAGGCGCCAGGAUUCAGCACUCACAUACUCCACAGGUCUUCAUAUCACCGUCAGUGCUGUUUCCUUUGACACAGAAGGCCGGUUUUCCAUCUUUUGUUAAUUUCUCUCUUUCUCACUCUGUUCUCGUUUUACUCAUCUUUGUGAACGUCCACUCAACCUGGUUUUGGACAAAAAAAAAAAAAAAAAAAAAAAAAAAGGAGAAUCGAUGAAAGACUUGCUUUUGCAAAGUACUCCGAGCAAUGCAAGAACGGAUUUGUUGUGUAAUGUUCUGUGUUCACCAUCUGUAUGUGAUAUAAUUUAUUAAAAGAGUUUUCAUGGAAACAUUACAACAAUCUGUAAUAUUCCACGUUUAAACAUGAGCAAUGUUUGGUUUCUCAGAGAUUUUACAUUAUUUAAAUUUUAAAAUCAAUAAAAACCUUCAUGACA